GAAGAAGAAAAAAAGGCCCGCUCAACAAACCUUAACCGACAGUCAACAUCCCAUACACAAGUCAACUCGAUGGCAGGCCCUGCGUCUCCCGGCAACGACGGCCCAACCUUUGCGCCCCCGCCGCUCCCGGCCGGCUGGAUCGCGCAAUGGGAUAACGCCUCCAAGAAGUACUACUACGUCCAGCUCUCCACCGGCGUUUCGCAAUGGGAGACUCCCACAGAUCCAGCUCCCGUUGGCGCCACCCCCGGAGCCGCUCAUGAACAUCCGUACGGCGUGCCCGGUAGCGACGCCGAUAGGAAACCCGAGAUCAUCACUUACCCAGACGGCAGCCAGAGCGCCAAGUACCCCGAUGGAAGAGUAGAGCCGGUUGCUCCACGAGAGGAUGGCACGAGGGGAAUUGGAGGCCCUGAUCAGGAUAGAAGUUUGGGUUCUUUUAUUGGAAACACUCUCAUUAGCAACCUCGCCGGCGGAGGUAAGCAGUCCCACGGAAGCAGCAGCGGUGGCGGUGCAGGUGGCCUGGUUGGCUCCCUGCUUCAGGGCGUCACGGGCGGUGGAGGCCACGGCUCUAGCGGACACGGAAACAGCAGCAGCGGCGGAGGAGGCCUUGGUGGAAAGAUUGCGUCCCAGCUUGUCUCGGGCAUGUUCUCUCCCGGUGGGAGCAACAAGCCCAAGCCUUCGUCCUCGUCCUCAUCCUCGCAGCAACACAAUUACCACGGCAACCAGUCAUCUUCGCAUAGCUCUUCGGGCAGCCACGGCGGUGGUCUCGCUGGCGUCAUGGGCGGCAUCGGCAAUCUGUUCGGAAACAAGCCCAGCUCUGCUAAUCAGAGAACUCCUGGUCAGAGCUCCGGCUUCGGCUACUCCAACUCGGGACAAAGCGGUUCCUACAGCGGCCAGACACCUCCCGCGACAUAUCAGCAAGCCACGUCGGGAGGUGGCUCAUCCUCCACCUACCACACGGCCGGGCCCACGUCCCAAUCGCACCAGUCACACCAAUCGCACAGCGGCAGCAGUACCCCUUCCUACGGCGCGGCCGGCCAACAUGCCCCCUACGGCCAAAACCAGCACGGUCAGCAGCCUCCUUACGGUAGCACCUCCUCCUACACCUCACCUCCGACUGGCCAGCAGCCCCAGUAUGCUCCUCCCCCGGCCGAAGGACCACCGGGACAAUAUGGACAGCAAGGGCAGUACGGACAGCCCCCGCAGCAGCAACAUGGGUAUCAGGGUGCCCCGUAUGGUCAGCCACAAGCAGGCGGCUACUAUCAGCAGGCCCCCUCGUACGGACAACCGCCGCAGGGAGUUCCCUAUGGCCAGCAGCAGCCUCCGUAUGGCGGACACCAGGGGCAACAACAGCAGUACCCACCGCCGCCUACUACCUAUGGCCAGCCGCCUAGUGGUCAGUAUGGCCAACAGCCUCAGUACGGCGUGCCGCCGCAGGGACAGUAUCGGUAUUAGGGAGGCCAGCCUCAUGAUGAUGGACUGCGUUUGACCGUGAAAGUUGCCGGUAGCCGUCAGCACCAGUUCACCGGCGUCACGUUGAGAGGUGGAAUGGGAAUGCCGCCAGCAGCGUCGAAUUCGCGGUAUGAUAACGAGCUUCAAGGACGGCUACUCUGAUUUCAGGUUACGCGCAACGCCAAAAGUGGUCGACGUAUAGAGGAAUGAACAACCUGGCGAAGAUACCAAGGACUUACAGGGGUGAGGCCGGACAUGGUCGGUUCAAAGGACAUAAUCGGGUAAAAAAGCUUUUAACGACCAGGUUAUCGUUUUGGGAGAGGGAUGCGAAGACGUAACAGGAUGAGCUAGGUAUCUUGAAGUUGUCGAACAUCUGGGCCUGGAGCCGUAAUCAGUACACAGAGGCCAGCUACUCUGGGUGGUACCAAAAAAAAGCCACGGCACAGUAAGGCAGUGGGGAAUCCCUCUAUGACGAAGCAAUGAGAGCGUACACUAGCACGGAAACGUAAUCCUUCCCUUCAGUCGUACUCCUGGGUCGCAUAUAUCGGAGGAUGGAACGUGUUGUGGAGCCAAGUGACUGGAGGAAUCAAGGAAGUAGUGAUAUUGAAGAUGUAUGCUGAUUGGCGUCGGCAGUUUGGUUAAGCACCACUGCGUAGUUGUGUAUGUUUGUGGCGUCUAUGCGGCGAUGGGGUAUAUGAUCUUCUUUUUGAGUCUUGCUCUUCAAAAUAUGGUAUUGAUAUUGGGGAUUACAGCGUACAUGUACAAACCUUGGUGAAGGCGAGAAGGGAGGGUUUGCUUGUAUGUGUGAACGUCUACACAGGAUUAUGUUUCAUCUGCAGCCAUUUGGGCACAAGCGAGGGCUUGCGCCGAAUACUUAGGAAGGAGACAUAGACAGACGGCUGGCGAAACUGAAAGGUGCGAUGGGAACGGCAGCAAUCUCGUUCCUGUCUCGCAUACGUAUGGCUUUCCUGUAACAAAUAUACCAUUCACAACGAGCAAAAGCGAUUCUCAAGGAUAUCACGUCCAUUAUCCGUUUUUUCCCUUUUACUACCACCUUCAGAUAGCCCUCUUCGCCUGUCUAUCUCUCUUCAUUCAGUCUUAUCUCUCCUUCUUACUCUCCUCCACACCCUCACCCACCUCCUCAGCUUCCAUCCCGCUCGACACGAUGUCUCCAACCAGAAAGGAAACCACUCUCUUCGAGACUACCCAUCCAGCCACAGCAACGAUAAUGAUCCAACCAAUCGUCGGCACCAACGACCGAGGAAGCACGUU